UGAGAUAAAGCGAAGCAAGUUGGGUGUGGACGCUUUCUUUGAAAAAAGUCUUGGAUAUCUGACGGUAUGAAAGUCGGACUAUUCUAGAUUAAAUUUUAAUCAGUGGAAAUGGAAAUUCGGUCUGUUCUUGUGUUGCUGGCGGCGGUGCUGAACGCUGUUCUGGCCGACGUUAAAUACUUUGAAGUCGGCGGUGCGGUUUCUCUAAAGCCAAACACCCCGUCUGAAGGAAUCAACGUCAUCACAUGGAAACAUGGAGGAGACAUCGUAGCCGACUGGAUUAAAGGCGGUACGGUGGAAUAUUAUGGAGCGUUCAAAAGCCGAACAACACUGGAUUUAUCCAGCGGAGUGCUGACCCUUGGAUCCAUGAGCAAGGCAGAUGAAGGAGACUUCACUGUGGAGGUCAACAACAGGGUACAAAGUGUUGUGUAUUCUGCCAAGCAGAUCAAGAGCUUACUUUACAGCAAUGUGGAAGUGUUGAAGAGACCUCUGACCUGCAACCACCUCUUACCCAAGUGUACCCUGAGCUGUAUUACAGACAAUACAGAUGGUGAACCUUUUCAGUACUUCUGGAAGGAAGGAGACGGAGAGUGGAUGGAGUUCACGAAGGACAAGGAGAUAAUCAACAAUGAUCAAAUCAAAACGUUCUCCUGCAACAUAAGUAACCCAAUCAGUUCGAAGAAAAGUGAUCCGCUGGACAAUCCAUUCAUCAAACAACCAGAUCAGCCUGUAUCUCUGGUGGUUGGGAUUGUUUUCCUGGUCAUAUUGGUAUUGGCAGGUGCAGCACUUGCAGGGUUCGCCUACAAAUACCCAAAGAGACUUGCACCUUGUAUACCCUGUGUUGCUGGAGACCGCAACGAACGGCCCACUGAAGGUCCUGCAGCUGAGGACAAGGAUGUGGCUUUACCCCUCACUAACUAAUGAAACCCGAGGACCCCCCUGCUGUGUAGGUGGAUCUGAAUCUGCAGAACAAACUCUCUGGAUUCAUUCAUUAUUGAGCAUGCAUCAGGAUAUUCUCUGGAUUCAUGUUUUUUAUUUUGCUUUUGUACCCCGAGACGACUUCUGUUGCGACUGGGCAUAUAUAAGUAAACUGAAUUUUUACUGCCGUACAUCAAAAUAUGACGAAAGUUGUGCAUUUAUUUAGAAUAAGAAGAGCGAUGACAAUGAAUGAAUGGGGAAUUGCAAAAUGACCCGUUUUAGAGCUUUAAGGUGCACCUGAAACCGACCGUGCCUCUCGGCUUGAGUUUUAUCUUAUUACAGUCGGUCACGUUUUCUGUUUAUAUCAUGUUGUGUUUUUUUACUGAUGAUCAUCAUUUUUAAUUCCAUAAAUCGAGUCUAUUUUUAGAAGCGUAAAAAAGCAAAUAUAUUUACUUUUUCUCUCCUGACUAACAGCUUGCAGCAUUUAUUCAGUCUC